AUGUCGAGUCGCGACUUGCAUAGGCUUUCACCGCCAUGUCUAAGAUUGAUCGAUGUUGAGUCCCGCCUAAUUGUUCAAACGCUGCAUUGCGUACCCUUCGUCACUCUCUCCUAUGUCUGGGGAGACGCGGCCUCACGCACCUUUGAGGAAAAAUCCCUGGCAUCCGAGUCGUAUCAUCUGUGUGACGAUGUAUGUCCAAUGGAUACACAACCAAUUGCUCUUCUCGAAGGAAACCUUCCUCAAACCUUUGAGGACGCUAUCGGCUUCACGAAGCGCUUGGGAGAGCGAUACGUCUGGAUUGACGCUUUGUGCAUUCCUCAAGACGAACCUGACAUUCAGGCACAGCAAAUCUCACAGAUGGAUCAGAUCUACUCCAGCAGUGUGUGCACCAUAGUUUCGCUCGAGUCAGGUGUCGAGGGAGGGUUGCCAGGGUCCAGCUACAAAUCCCCAAGAAAUGUCAACCAAUAUUUCGAACUGUUACCUAGAGGCUUGAAGAUAAGUACCUCGUUAAUGGGCCUCAGGGACAUCAUGCAAGAAUCUCCCUGGCAAACUCGAGCUUGGACGAUGCAGGAGCAUCUGCUUUCUAGAAGAACAUUGUUCUUUGGUAAGCAGCAGGUCUUUUUCGUUUGCGGCGAGAUGACGACGAAAGAAAGUUGGACCCAGCCCCAUACUGAGGUAUACGCUGUUGAACCUGACUGGGAUCCUUAUGAUGAAUGGGCAGAAUAUGAUCUCCCGCUACCAACUGUGACACAAAGACACAGUUUGAGGCACACAUACCAGAGUUGUGCCAAUGUUUACUCCCAUCGCAACCUCACGUUCCCUAGCGACCGCUUCCGGGCCUUUGAGGGCUUGCAAGCUCGAUUGUCCAAACUAUAUCAAGUCAAGUUUAUCCAUGCUAUGCCUAUUGGCGAUGCGGACUUCCUGAGAGCUUUGCUCUGGAGGCACUCCUCCAUAAAUCCUACUCUACUACGCGACUUCAACUUCCCUUCAUCCACUCUCCGUCAAUGGCCUCACUGGACCUGGCUCAGCCACCCUGGGGGAAUUGACUACGAUCCAUUCAUGUUCUGGAGUCACCGCCAAAGCUAUAGGAAGGACCUCAAGCUUCCUGACUCCAAGGCAUGGUAUCAAGGACCAAAUGGGCAGUUCUACUCAUUGACGAGUACGCCGGCGUUGGACAGCGGCAAUGAAAGUUCCUCUUUAAACUCUAUUGCCGAUAUGGAAAACAUACGAGUGCUUAAAUUAUCCGGACUGGCCUUGGACAUCGAUAUCGCGAAGUGGUCUUGGCGUCUAGGAAAUGAUCCAUCAUCGGAGGUAUGGCGCAACCCUGAUUUCUCCACCGCUCGGGGCUCAAUUACCUUCCAUAUAGGAAUGAUUUUUGAUGAUCAGCGAGACGGUAAGCCUAAAAUCCCAGAAGGGACUCGGUACAUUCGCCUUCUGCGCCUCAACCCAAGGGACCGGCCAAAGAUGCCCUGGGUUCUAGUCCAGAAUCGGCCACACCAGGUCCUUAAGCCAAAGGCUACUCUAAAUGGUAGCAGCCAGCUUGUCUCCACUAGAAAUGAAAGCGAGCCAAGAGCAGAGACGGAAUUCUCGUCUGCUAUAGACUGGAUCAGCCGCAGCGAUGGGCCAGGCGAGAUGGAAGCAGACUCUGGUCUCCUUGUUGUGGGGAUCACUUCCUCUGAUAUUGUCACCAGAAGGCUUGGUAUAGCAUAUGUUAGAAUGCUGGACUUCUUGGUUGCCGGUGCUGAAGUAAAGGAGGUACUUUUGGGAGACUAG